AUAAGAGGGGGAUCUAGGGCAAGGAGUUUCGCCCUUCUCGUUGCGUGGCGCCGAAAACCCUAUCGUGGAGGAGGAGCAGCGGCAGCAACCGCAGACAUGGCGGUCGGCAAGAACAAGAGGAUCUCCAAGGGAAAGAAGGGGGGCAAGAAGAAGGCUGUUGAUCCCUUCUCGAAGAAGGACUGGUACGACAUCAAGGCGCCCUCAGUCUUCAACGUGAGGAACAUCGGGAAAACCCUAGUCUCAAGGACCCAGGGUACCAAGAUUGCAUCUGAGGGUCUGAAGCACAGAGUGUUCGAAGUUUCUUUAGCGGACCUUCAGAAUGAUGAGGACCAGGCUUACAGAAAGAUCCGGCUUCGUGCAGAGGAUGUUCAAGGGAAAAAUGUCCUCACAAACUUCUGGGGCAUGAAUUUUACGACUGACAAGCUUAGGUCGUUAGUGCGGAAGUGGCAGACUCUUAUUGAGGCUCAUGUUGAUGUGAAGACCACUGAUAGUUACACGUUGCGGAUGUUCUGUAUUGGCUUUACCAAGAGACGUCCAAAUCAGGUCAAGCGCACUUGCUAUGCUCAAACUAGCCAGAUCCGGCAGAUACGCCGCAAGAUGAGAGAGAUUAUGGUCAACCAAGCCACGUCAUGUGAUCUGAAAGACCUUGUACAGAAAUUUAUACCUGAAGUCAUUGGGAAGGAGAUCGAGAAAGCUACAACGAGCAUUUACCCGCUUCAGAAUGUGUUCAUUCGGAAGGUCAAGAUACUGAAGGCCCCAAAAUUUGAUCUGGGGAAGCUCAUGGAGGUUCAUGGAGACUACAAGGAGGAUGUGGGUGUUAAGAUUGAGAGGCCUGCAGAUGAUGUCCCCAUGGAAGGUGAACCAGAAGUUGUUGGGGCCUAAGAGAAUGUGGCUCUAGUUUUGCUUUUUAAGAAAUGGUUCUUUUUUGAGAAGAUAAAUGCCAGCCAUUGAUAGAGUGGAUGGAUGGUAUGGACUUGUGGUAGUUCUGAUAGGUAAUAGUUGCUUUCUGCAUUUUCUGUUUGAGUUGAUUGGUGACCAAACUAAUUUAUUUGGAGCACUAUAGUGAAAUAUGCUUAAUCAAUUCUGACUGCUUCUCUAAGUUUUUUA